AUGGACAUCAUAUUACAAGAAUUGUUACCUGCGGGCGAUAUCAAAACCAACGAACAGCAAGCUUAUUGUAUAAAAACGUUGGAGGAGAUUUUACAAUCGGAUAAGAAGGACUAUAUGAACUAUUUCUCCUCUAGAGCAGAGAGUGGAAGUAUUGUAGAAGAUAUUGCUGAAUUAGAUGCCCAUAUGGCGACAUUGGAAAGACAAGUUCGUUCAUUGUUAAUUGAAAAUAAGAGUUAUGUAAUCGACACUAUAAUGAAUAAAUCAAAGGAGACAAUGACAUUAGAAGAAAUUAGUAACGAACUAGAACAAUUAUGGGAGUUGAACUCAAGCUCAGAACCUCAAGUCGAAAGUAAUGAAGAAUUGUCUAAUGAAGAACAUGAUGAUAAGAGACAUUCCCUAUUGGAAGAAUUCUUACAAGAAUCAUCUAACGAUAUUAACUCCUCUACCAAUACUAAUAAUACAAAAAAAAUAGAAGAUGAUGAAUUCCAUAGGGCACUAAGGGCUCUGAGACAACGUGUAAUCGAUAAAAAUGAUAAUGCCAAGUCAAAUUCCAACGCUAAUUUAACAAUGUUGUUUGAGAACUUGACAAGUAUAACCGAUCUCAUGGAAUUACCUUCUUUAUCACAAACAUGUAUCAAGACUGGUCAUUAUCAGGAAGCAAUCAUGUUAUAUACACAUACAAUGUCAUUAAAGAAUAAGUUCCCAGAUUCAAGUAUAAUACGAGACAUUAGUGAUAGUGUUCAAAAUGCAGUAGGUACGACCAUGUUAACAGGGUUAGUAAAACUAUUAUGUACAAACCUUACAAUGACAUCCAUUAAAAAAAUCCUGCAAUAUUUAGUUGCUAUCCCACCAUUCAGUGAAAAUAAUAAUCAAACAUCAUUAUUAAUUGUGUAUUUAUCGAUGAGAUUAAAAUUUAUUACAAAUGAAAUAGAAUCGUAUUCCUUUGAUAUUGGUAAUAAGAAUGACUCAAUGUUAGAGAUUUCUGUAAAGAGACAGAUAGAAGUUGUUAGGGAGCAUAUUUAUAUGUCACUUACUGUCUAUGACAAGGCAUUCGAUGUUUCUACGACUGAUAUACAUAUUCCUUUAAGAAUCAGACCUACUGAGAACCAGGAUGAUUCAAAGAAUGAUGAGAAAGACUCUAAAGACAAAAAUAAAGAACCAGAAAAUGAAGAAAAUAAAGAAGCUGAAGGAAUGAAUGGACAAACGCAGCAAACUGGAAUAGAAACUAUUGGAGAAGAGGCUCAUGACAGAGAGACAGAAACUACAAAGAGUGAUGAUGAUGAAAAGACUCCAUCUGAGAUCAAGUCUAAAAAUGACAUCAACAACCCUUCUCUAGAACAAGAGACUAAAAAAAAUGACAGAGAUCCUCCAACUAAGAAUAUAAACUUGGAGACUACUGAGGUUAACCCAACCAAUGAUAGGAACAAAUCAAUUCCAACGAACCCAUUAAUGUUAAAAUUCGUUAGUGAUUGCAUUAGUGUUUUACUUAAAGAAUUGGUUAAUUUCCAUGAAUAUAAUAAGAAUAUUAUUAAUAACUCUGUUUGUUUGCAAUUAGUUUAUUGUUCAUUCAGACUCAAUGAUCUGAAUGUCAAUUAUCAUCGAUUAUUCUUAAAUAAGAUCGCAGAGACCAAACUGUUUACAAAUGAUCAAUUACAAUCUGCCAUAGUAAAGAGAACCGAACUUGCAUCCAAAUAUUCCUUUGCAUAA